GCGAUAACUCCCUCACAAACAACGAGACCAAGCUCAUAGGAGAGUACCUCGCGGAUCAUAUCAUCACUAUCCGUUUUCGGCAUUGCCGCGUCUUCUGAGCGCACGCUAUUCGUGGCAGCAGAAACUUCAAGCACACAUAUCGCCACGAUGCCUGCCAUACGGACCGCUAAGAACCGCAAGCCACCGCCUGAUGGCUUCGAGGACAUUGAAGACACGUUGCUCGAGUUUCAGAACAAGAUGAAAGACGCCGAGAACGCCAGCCACGAAGGCAAGAAGAAGCACGAGAUGCUCUGGCCGGUCUUUCAAAUCACCCAUCAGCGCUCGAGGUAUAUCUAUGACCUCUAUUACGAGAAGGAAGCCAUAUCGAAGCAGCUUUACGAUUGGCUGCUGAAGAACGGCUACGCCGAUGCCAACCUGAUCGCGAAGUGGAAGAAGCAGGGCUACGAGAAAUUGUGCUGUCUGCGAUGUAUCCAGACGAAGGAGACCAAUUUCAACAGCACUUGUAUCUGCAGAGUGCCACGCGCUCAGUUGAAGGAGGAUCAGGAAAUCGAAUGUGUUAGCUGUGGCUGUCGAGGCUGCUCUAGCAAUGACUAAGUGUAGGUGAUGCAUUCCGAUCCCUGGCUUACGGCGUCUGGUGUCACUUCGGGAAACGGAUACGAGGGCGUAGUACUUUCUGACCUGUCGAAACAUGAGCCCAGAAGAGGGCUGGCUGCUUCAGAUAGAAUGCGAAUGCAAGGAUGGGAGACUGUGCUCUUCAUUGCAUGGAGAUACUAGUGUUCGAGUCGAAUUCAAGGCUUAUCUGUCCCUCCUCC